GAGUGACUUUGGACAAAGGCGGGUAUCCGGAACUAGAAGCUGCUAUUCGACGUCAUCUUGAAGAAACUAGUCUAAUCAGCCACCCACCUUGGCUACUGAAAGUCGUUCAACUGUAUGAGACGCAGCGUGUUCGUCAUGGAAUGAUGGUACUCGGACCAUCCGGGACUGGAAAGACGUGUUGCAUUCAUGCUCUAAUGA